GGAAAGGUAAUGCGAACUAGUAUGACUAUGAGUCUGAUUCAUUAGGAAUACCUAUACCGGGAUGAAAGGCAUUUUGCGCUUCUGUAAUUACAAAGAAGCUAUGAACGGCAAUAUCCGAUAUUGCGCUUCUGACUAACUCAUCUCAUCUGAAAAUGACCAGAAUCUGUAACACUAUAUAAGCAUCUCAAUAUCAUUACUUAAUUAGUAUCGAAAUAGCGACAGCACCCACCGAUAAAUCCGCACUACCAACGUGAAUUAAACACCACUACAGUAGAAUUACUGGUAAAUCUCUCGAUUACUACUACUUUCCACUACUAUCAUCACCAUGAAGUUGUACUUCACAUCAUCCAAGUUCAAAAAGUUCAUUCCUGACUGGAUUACCGUAGUGGUACUCAUCGUUGUAUUUUUCAACGUGUUAGAGACAGCACCACCAUUCACGAGACAAUUCUCUGUACUGGAUUCGAGAAUAGCUCAUCCCUUCGCUAUCAGAGAGAGGUUUACUGAUAAUGAAUUAUACUUGUGGAGUUUAAUUGUGCCUUCGAUACUUAUUUCCAUAGUGUCAUUAGUGCAUUCUCCUAAAGUUUCUACUAAGGACACUAGUACUGCUUCUACCACUACCACUAGUAGUACCACCAGCACUACCGUUACCACCACUCCCUCAUUCUUUGAUAAAUUACAUCUACUUCAAGUAUCCAAUCUCGGAUUAUGGUUCAGUGUUGUAUUUGCUGCUGUACUCACUGAUAUCCUCAAAUGCUGGAUCGGUAAUCCUCGUCCUGAUUUCCUUAGUCGUUGUGGUCCUGCUCCACAUACUCCUCCUAAUAAACUUGUAGAUAUCGAUGUAUGUACGGCUCCACUUGGUCCUAUGUAUUUAAUGGAUGGUAUGAAAUCUACGCCAUCGGGUCAUUCAUCAAUGUCAUUUGCGGGUUUACUCUAUUUAUCAUUAUGGUUAGUAGGACAAUUCCGAGUCGUUCAUGAACUGAGAAAGUUAAGCCUUUGGCUCUACUUAUUAUUCGCAACUCCUAUACUAUUAGCAUGUUAUAUUGCUCUUAGUAGAACUCAGGAUUAUAGACAUCAUUUCUUUGACGUUGGAUUCGGUUCCCUAAUUGGGCUAGUUCUUGCGUGUUUUAGUUAUUUUAAAUACUUUAAUGGGGUAUGGAAUCCCCAGUGUAAUUUACCCAUAGAUUAUUAAUACUACAACUAAACUAAUAAUUAAAGAAUCAACUUGUAUUAUCUAUAAGAGAUUCUAUCUAAUAACCUAAUUGUCCGUUGAGGACCCCAAAUGCAAUAAAAAACUCUAUCCUUUAUCAGUAAGUAUAAGUAGUAAAAAGUGGUUGUACAAGAAGAAAAGUGAUGUAAUUAGUAAAAAAUAUAAAAAAAAAUGGAAUGCUAACAAAAGCAAUCAACUUCUAGUGGUAGUUGUAGUUAAUUUUAGUAAGAAACAACGAGUUGAGCAUUGAAUCUUUUAUGAGAUUGAUGAUCUUCAUAUGAGUCAUUCAUUACAUUAGUCAUUAAGUAUUAUGGAUUUUAAUGAAACAAUCAAUAAAACAAAAUAGUAUAAAAAUUUAGUAGUUGUUAGACAAGUUUUAAUUUAAUUAAAACUUUAAUUUCUUUGGUUGUUCCCAUGGGUU